AUUAGUAUUUAAGAGAACAUUGAAGAGGUUAUGAGUAGGUUUUGUGUAAGAAUAAUGAUGAAUUAGGAAAUAGAGAGCAGUGAUUUUGGGGAAGAAGAAAAGGUACAGUAUUUGAGCUUCUUAGAAGAGUAGGAACUAGGAAAUGGAGAGCAGCGAAGAAGAAGAUGACUUCCCAUCAAUAGAGAGCAUUACUCCUCAGUCCAACAUCGACUCUCUUUUUCAAUCUCACACUGAAAAGGGAGUCAGAAAACUUUGCUGUGAGCUAUUGGAUUUGAAAGAUGCUGUGGAGAAUCUAUGUGGCAAUAUGCGAACAAAGUAUUUGGCUUUCUUGAGGAUGUCAGAAGAAGUAGUUGAAAUGGAGCAUGAGCUGGUUGAGUUACGUAAGCAUAUCUCAACACAAGGGAUUCUUGUUCAGGAUAUGAUGACUGGGGUGAACCGUGAGCUGGAACAUUGGAGCCAACUUAAUGAGGACGUUGAAGAUCCUAAGCAAAAUUUUGAAGUUGAUGCACUUCAAAUUUCUUCUCCAAGUAGUGAAGACGACCCCAUGGUGACAUUCUUGGACAAUGUUGAUAAUCUCUUGGCAGAGCAUAAAGUGGAAGAAGCAUUAGAUGCCUUGGAUGCUGAAGAGAGAAAAAAUCCAGAUCUUAAAGUCUCUGGAGAUGCUUCGUCAACAGAAGAACCUUCAUAUAAAGCAGCCUUUUUGAAGAGAAAAUCAAUGCUUGAGGACCAGCUAAUUGAGAUCGCCGAACAGCCUUCACUUGGCAUUUUGGAAUUGAAGAAAGCCUUAUCUCAUCUAAUCAAGCUUGGAAAGGGUCCUUUGGCACAUCAAUUACUGCUGAAGUCAUAUGGUUCCCGUCUUCAGAAGAGCAUUAAUGUUUUGCUUCCAUCAAGUUCCAUGUGUCCCAAAACAUUUCCUGCAACACUAUCUAGGCUUGUUUUCUCAAUGAUCUCAUUGACAACAAAAGAAUCUGGUUCCAUAUUUGGUGAUAAUCCUAUAUACACCAAUAGAGUUGUCCAAUGGGCAGAGUGGGAAAUAGAAUAUUUUGCACGGUUGGUGAAGGAAAAUGCACCUGCCUCAGAAACAUUUUUGGCAUUAGCUGCAGCUACCAACUGUAUUCAGGCUAGCCUUAACUACUGCUCAAUGUUGGAAUCACAGGGUUUAAAACUUUCGAAGUUGCUUUUGGUACUCUCACGUCCAUAUAUUGAAGAGGUGUUAGAGCUGAAUUUUAGAAGAGCCAGAAGAGCAAUCCUUCUCAUGGCAGAGACCGAUGAGAGCUCGCUCUUUUCUGUGCACUCCGUGUCUCCCUUAUCUAUGUUUGCAAUACCAACAGAUAGUGAGCUUGUUGACAGUGGAGUGAGAUUCAUGGACAUUAUCAAUGAAAUCUUGGCACAGUUAACUCCCCUGGCUAUUGUGCAUUUUGGAGGAAAUUUAUUGACUAGAAUAUCACAGCUGUUUGAUAAAUACAUGGAUGCGCUGAUUAAAUCUCUACCAGGCCCCUCAGAUGAUGAGAAUCUUACAGAGCUGAAGGAAGUCAUACACUUUCGAGCUGAAACAGAUUCAGAACAGCUUGCACUUUUGGGGAUGGCUUUUACUAUUCUAGAUGAAUUAUUACCGCUGGCUGUAACAGAAGUUUGGAGUCUGAAGAAUGAGAGCAAGGAUUCAAUUAGUGAAAGUAUUGUGCCUAAUGCAAACAUUACGGCAGAAUUGAAGGAUUGGAAGCGCCAUCUCCAGCAUUCAUUUGAUAAGCUUAGAGAUCACUUCUGCCGGCAAUACGUUUUAAGUUUCAUCUACUCAAGAGAAGGAAAAACUCGUUUAAAUGCUCAAAUUUAUUUGAAUGGAGAUGGGGAUGACUUGUUGUGGGAUGAUCCUUUACCUUCGUUGCCAUUUCAGGCGUUAUUUGCGAAGCUGCAGCAACUGGCAACCAUUGCUGGAGAUGUUUUGCUUGGCAAAGAGAAAAUACAGAAAAUUUUGCUUGCUAGACUAACUGAAACAGUUGUAAUGUGGUUGUCAGAUGAACAGGAAUUCUGGGGCGUGUUUGAGGAUAAAUCUGUUCCACUAAAGCCACUCGGGUUGCAGCAGUUAAUUCUUGAUAUGCACUUUACUGUGGAGAUUGCUCGUUUUGCUGGUUACCCUUCUCGGCAUGUCCACCAGAUUGCAUCAGCCAUAAUUGCUCGAGCAAUCAGAACCUUUUCAGUAAGAGGCAUAGACCCACAGAGUGCUCUUCCUGAGGAUGAAUGGUUCGUCGAAACUGCAAAGUCGGCCAUUAACAAACUUCUUUUAGGAACGUCCGGAUCAGAUACAUCUGAGAUCGAUGAGGACCACAUAAUUUUCCAUGAAGAAAAGAUUGUUUCAGAUUCUGAGGAUACUGCCUCUUCCCUUUCAAGUGUAGAAUCCUUCGAAUCUUUUGUUUCUGCGAGCAUGGGUGAACUUGAUAGCCCUGUAUACUUCACAGAUCCUGAGGGUUAGAAAAUUUUGAGAUGUGUAACUAGGGGUUGUCAUGGUAGUGGUCUUUGAAUAGGAUAGUAUUUAGUCAUGUCAGAUCAUAGAUCCAGUCUGAUCAAAAUUUUGAAUGUGCAGAUUCGGGUUGUGAUUGGAUCGCAAAUGUUGUAGCUGCUCAUUUUGUUCGAAUUUAUAUCAUAGCAAUAACUGAUAAGUGAAAAACAGUUGAAAUGUAUUAUCAUGUUUAUGUAAGUUAGAGAAGCUUUUAGCUGCUA